UGCCAGUCGAAAAUGGAGCUCCUGGAAGUCGUGGCUCCUGAUGCAGUUGAUCCGGAGGUGCUGGAGGCGCAGCAGCUCUUCGUGGCAUUGGAAUUUCCCGCCCGGUUCGGCUCCAAGGUCAUGAAGCACCUUUCCACCAAUUUUCAGCCACUAACGGCGCUCGGUUUCGCGCAUCUCAAGCGUCUCAAGAAGCACCCCGAGAUGCCGAAAAUGCUCGUGGCACUUGUAUGUCCAUUAAAUUCCCAUGAUCCAGACAUUUCAACGUCUUCACACGACUUGCAACAAUUGGAGACAAUAUUUGAGGCUAAACUCACGACAGCGGAGACUCUGAAGCUUGCACCACGCACUCGUGAACUGUUUGAGAAGCACACGAAGCACUGGCCGCUGAUCUUCCACGCCAGCGUCGAGGAGGCUGCAGUAUUGCCUGCAAUUGAGGAAGAGGAGAAGAUGAAGAUGGAGAAACACUUGAGAACGGCGGUGCAAGUUGGGAAGAAGCUGAAGGAGGAGAGACAGAAAACACUAAACUGUUCAUGGAGCUGUGUGGUCGUGGACCCCGACGUGGACGAGCAGGUUGCUACGUCGGAAUUGAGUGAGGAUACGCAAACUAAAUACAAAUUUGAGACGCUAUAUCACCCCGUGAUGAUAGCAGUCGAUGCGGUUGCAGAACGUGACCGCCGACGAGAGGCUCAAGAGGACAAGGAGACUGGUCGCAAGAAGCAGAAGUGCGAAGAUGAAGAAGCCACAGCCACUUUAAAAUUGGUGGAGGACGAAAGCAAGAAGAGCGAGUCGUACUUAUGCACUGGAUAUGACGUGUACCUUGACCAAGAGCCAUGCGCUAUGUGUGCCAUGGCAUUGGUGCACAGUCGAGCUCGGCGUGUUGUGUUUGAUCGCGCUAAUCCUGGCGACGGCGUGCUCAUGAGCUCAUUCAUGUUGCACACGAUCAAGUCGCUGAAUCACCACUACCGUGUUUUCCAGUCAGCGCUGACACCUGAAGAGAAAAGCGAGUAGAACAUCGCAGCACAAGAAUAGAAUUGUCUGUAUUAAAUACACGAUGAGAGCGGAGUUGUCUAGGAACCAGGUAAGAUGGGAAGCUAGCCUAAUACUUGGAAGGACUACUGUACUAGCUAGCAGUAAGUGAACUAAAGUUUUCUGUUGCUUGGACACCAA